AUGGCCCUGAAGACUGGUACCAAGAAGCUCACCAAGAAGGAGAUUCUGCUGCACGUCCUGAACUACAUUCAGUUCCUCCAGAAAAGCAUCGAUGUGGCCAAGGCCCUGCUUGAGCUCCACACCAUGGCUGGGAAAGGUGGACUCAGGGGGCUGGGUCAGAACCCCACCGAGGGCCCAGCAAGGUGGAGAUACUCCACCCCGUCGAGCUCCCUGCACUCUCAUAAGUCCCGUCUUCGGGGAGCCUGCCAGAAACCUCGGAAGAAGAAGCUGGCCCGAGCGUCAGAACGCCAGACCCAGGCCCAGAAUCCUCGUCGCUGUCUGGCCCUGGACAAGCCCAAGAAGCAGGCGACCCCUUCCCCGGACCGAAAGGGAGGAAAUGGUUACAGAAGAGUAUGCACGACGACUACCACCACGCUGGCCUGGCGCGCCGUGUACUUGCCUGCUAGCAUCCGCGUCAGCAUCGCUAUUCAACUUAAAGAUUUUACCUUCCUGAAAGCUUCUGGCUGCUGUGGCAAAAACGCUGCCCAGGGUGUGGACCUCGUGUCCCCUGCCUUGGAGGCCCAGCAAGGGCUUGAGAGGAUCCACCUCCUCACCAAGACCCAGGCCAGUCCCAGGCAGAAGCUGGUGUUCUACGAUCCCAGCGAGGAGGUGGACAAGGAGUCCCCAGAUGCUGACCCUUGGCUUCCUGCCUGGAGCCCAGAGGGCUGCCCCCAUGAGAGCCCACUGGCCUUGGGGCCUCCCCAGAUUGACAACUGGAGUCUGACAGGCCACCCGAGCGAGAUCCUGGGGCUCAGGCCCUCCCUCUUCAGCUCUCCGGGGAAACUGCUGCCAGAACAGAUCCUGGAGGAUGGCCCUGAGGACCUGAGCCAAGCUCUCUUUGCAGAAGCAUACUUAGAUCCUGCGUCUUCGCCUUCUGCCUGCGGGCUCCAGGGGCCAGAGAAGGACACCCCCCCAGGGGGCUCCGAAGACCCUCCCGACUCCCACAGCCUGUGCCAGUCCUCCUUCUCGCUGGACCACUGCUACCUCUCGCUGAGCGAGAACAGCAGGGCCCCGUCCAGCCCCAGCUUGGAGGCCACCGACACCGACACCAACUCGGACACAGACUCUGAGCGGAGACCGCAGGAGGUGAGGGAGACAGCCAUCCGCCAGGUCCCACGUGUCCGGCCCACCCUCACCUCUCUGUCCCCCACCCAGGGCGCUCAGGCCGACCGCGAGGGCCCACUGUCCUCCAGCAACGAGGACGAGGACGGGGACUACACGUGGACUCCCACCCGGCGGGCCGCAGCCCUGCCGGCAGCCGGGAGGAAGGCCAGGAAGGGCCGGGCGGGCAGGGGCCCUGUGAGGCCCAAGGAGAGCAAGAAAGCCCCCUGUCCCCCCCAGACGAAGAAGAAGUGUGUCAACGGCUUCAUUAUGUUCUGCAGGAUGAACCGGAAGCAGUACAUCCGGUGGGUGGGCGCCCUCCCCCAGCCCGAGCGCCGCACUGUCCCGCUGGCUGUCCACCCCCUGCAGCUGACACAGUCCUCAGCCACACUCUCCCCGCGUCCCCCGGCCCAGCUGCCCUGGUCAGGCCUAGCCUGCCCCGGGACCGCCUCCACAGCUGCCACCAAGGAGCUGGCCCAGCUCUGGCGGGUGAUGACCCUGCAGGAGCGGAGACCUUAUUGCAUCAAAGCACGAAGGUUCAGCCGCCAGCAUAACCGGAUCGUGAAGCAGGACAGCUCCAGCAGCGAGGACGAGGACUGGGAGACCCCCAAGCCCUUCUACCAGCUUCUGGCAGAGAAGGCUCGCUGCUCCCCGGCUCCGGCCCCUCCGCUGCCCUCUCAUCACGUGUGA